AGUCAUUUCCCAUGUAACUUGGUGUUUGAUUCGACAAUAAAAAAAAUGAAAAUUACAAAGUUUCGUUAUUGUGAAAAUUUUCUUUAUUAUUAUUAUUCAUUGAACAUUUAAAUCCCCUAUUGAAUAAUAAAAUUUUGUUUAAAUUUAAAAAUUACAAUUGACCGGAAAUGCGGAAGUCCAAUAUGACGUUUUGAACUGAUUCAAACUUCAGUGCGCAUACUCGUUGCACACAAAUGUUUUCAUGUAUACACUACUAUUUGUCAAAAUGCGGUGAUGUGUUAUUUUCUCCAACAAACUCGCGGUAUAUUUGUGAUCGAUUUUUAUUAUAUAAAAGUUGAAAGAUAAUUGCCAAGACACCGUGGCAACGUUAUCACGUACCAAUUGAGCGAAAGACCGAAGAGAACAGUGAAACAUUUAAAAAAAAAAAGGAAAAGAAGAAAAAAAAAAGGCAGAUUGCGUGUUUAAUAACGUGAAGACGUUUUUUCUGAAGCCAAACAAUGGAUCAAUACCUUGCGGAGGAGGGUAACCACCACCAGGCACGGCAAAUAUUCAACCUCUUUUCCUCUUUAUUGAGUCAUUCUGGAAUCUCUACUCGAUAAAGGCUUAAAUGUUCAAAAUUUUUUAAUCAACAAACAGUGAAAUAUUUUUUUUAUAAUUUCAAUAUUUGAAUAUUUGUAUUAUUCAAAUAAUUUCAACCGGCUUUUUAUUCGUAAAUGUCAUCUGUUUUCAUCUAUUUUUAGCAGUAGGUCUCAAAUAUUUAAUGGAAAAUAACGUGUCAACAAUGGAGAAAAGUGACAAUCAGUUGAAAAUCUCGAAAAAAAGAGUAUCAAGAUCGUUGAUAUCAUCCGAUGGUGGUACCCAAUGCGUUCAAGUUGUUGUUCGUUGUCGUCCAAUGGAUGAAAAAGAAAGUAAUCGUGGUUUUUCACGUGUUGUCGAUGUUGUACCAUCACGUGGUGUUGUUGAAAUACGUAAUCCACGUGAAGAUCCAUCACGUGAUAAUGUCAAAGUUUUUACAUUCGAUGCAGUUUACGAUGGACAAUCAAGUCAACAGGAUCUUUAUGAGGAAACAGUGAGACCAUUGGUAUCGUCAGUUCUCGAUGGUUUUAAUGGAACAAUAUUUGCCUAUGGACAAACUGGCACUGGUAAAACCUAUACAAUGGAGGGUUCAAAAUUGGAGAUAAAAAAACGUGGUAUAAUACCACGUUCGUUUGAACAUAUUUUCAGUCAUAUUAGCCGUUCUGAAAAUAUGCAAUAUUUAGUGAGAGCAAGUUAUUUAGAGAUUUAUCAAGAGGAAAUUCGUGAUUUAUUACACGCCGAUCAAAGUUUGAGAUUUGAAUUAAAAGAGCGACCGGAUACGGGAAUUUUUGUUAAAGAUCUCUCGUCGGCUGUUUGCAAGAGUGCAGCGGAAAUUCAAUAUUUAAUGAAUACGGGCAAUCAAAAUAGGACAAUUGGUGCGACAAAUAUGAAUGAACAUAGUUCGAGAUCGCAUGCUAUUUUUAUGAUAACAAUUGAAAUGGGUUCAUUGGCCGAUAAUGGUGGAAUUCGUGUGGGACGAUUGAAUCUUGUUGAUUUGGCGGGGAGUGAAAGACAAAGUAAAACUGGAUCAUCUGGCGAGAGAUUAAAGGAGGCGAGUAAAAUAAAUUUAAGUUUAUCGGCAUUGGGAAAUGUAAUUUCGGCGCUUGUCGAUGGAAAAACAACGCAUGUGCCCUAUAGAGAUUCAAAAUUGACACGAUUGCUUCAGGAUUCAUUGGGUGGUAAUUCGAAAACAAUAAUGGUUGCGAAUAUUGGACCGGCGAGUUAUAAUUACGAUGAGACGUUAACUACAUUACGUUAUGCGAAUCGAGCGAAGAAUAUUAAGAAUAAACCGCGAAUAAAUGAGGAUGCAAAGGAUGCAUUAUUGAGACAAUAUCAGGAGGAGAUUAGUCGAUUGAAGGAGAAGCUUGCUCAAAAGGGAACUGUGGUUCAGCGAAAAAAGAAGAAAAUAUCGAGGAAAAAAAGAGAGGAUGUUAUUGAUUCUGAAUCAGAGACUGAGGACAGUAGGGAUGAUAAUAAGGAAGCUGAUAAGAAACAAAUAUCGGAACAAUUGAAGGCGGAGAAACAAGAGACGGAGAAUUUGGUAUUGAGAAUUAAGGAUCUCGAGAGUAAAAUGCUGUGUGGUGGAAAGAAUAUUAUUGAUCAUACAAAUGAACAACAGAGAGCUUUGGAGCAACGUGCUGUUGAAAUUGCAGAGCGAAAGAAACGUGAAGUUGAAAUGCAACAAAAACUCGAGGAUGAGGAAUUGACGACAAUGGGUGUUAAAGAAACGUACACAACUCUUCAACAGGAAGUUGAUGUUAAAUCACGAAAAUUGAGAAAAUGUUUUGCUAAAUUACAAGGUUUGAAACAGGAUCUCGAUGAUGUGACAAAUGAAUAUAAUCGAGAUAGACGUGAUCUUGAGCAAACGCAACAUGAAUUAAUGAAGGAAUUGAAACUCAAAUAUCUUGUGAUUGAUAAUUUUAUUCCAGUUGAAGAGAAACAUAAAAUUUUGUCAAGAGUUCGUUUUGACGAGGAUGAGGAUUGUUGGGUUUUAAAAGAUCCAGAACCAUCGAGUGUUGAAUUAAUUAAACGUCCAAUUUCGAUUCCUGGCGGUAGGCGACCCGUCACUGAACAAGCGAAACUUGCUCUGGCAAUGGGACGUGGACAUCGUUACGCUGGGGAAAAUAUUUUGAAUUUAGAACUCGAUAUGCCUGCAAGAACAACAUUGGAUUAUCAAGGACCAGCAAUUGCUCCAACAAUUCAAGCUGUUUUAGAAGAAGCAUUACGCGAUGAAGGUGACAUUGAUGUUGACGCAUCGAAUGUUAAAUUAAGAUCAAAAUCACGUCUACAAUCGGCAUCACGAAUUCGGCCUAAGAGCGUUGGUAAAAUGCAACAAAUUCCGACGCCAGUUUAUCAACAAAUGUCAGCUCAAAUUUAUCCAAAGACUAGAGGAUUAGUACCCAAAUAGUUAGCACAGUACUUUGCCACACUUCUCUCACUAAGAAACGAAACUCUUUUGUAAAUAAUGAAUAGACAUGAAUUUUUUCAUUUUAGACAAGUUUCCAUUUUUUUUUUUGUGAUAAACGCGAUGAAUGAUUAUUUAGACUGAAAACGUUAACUUUCUAGUCAACAUGCUUAGAUGUUUGGUGUCAAAUACCGCAAAAAAAAAACGUAAAUGUUGAAAUAAACUAAGUAGAUAUUUUACUUUCAUGAAAAAAAAGCAUUUUUUUUUCUGGAUUUAUCAAUUUAGUUAAUUCGACCACAAAAUUAUAAGCACAGUGGUUGUGAAAGACUCAUUAUAUUUAAUUUUCAUAUUUUACUGCUUUAAAAUUAAAAAUUAUAUACAAAAAAUUGAUGUAGUAAGAUAAAUUAAUCGUUAUGUUUGAAAAUUUUUUCUAAUGUAAAUUUUAAUCAAAUAAAUGUAACCUAUACAUUGAUCACAGCAAUAAAAUAUUUAAAGCAA